ACAUCUCAGCAACAAAGGGCAGCCUGGAGGUUGUUUACCUCACACGGUGGAGUUUCCACACGGACUACUCAACCACCUUUCAACCAACUUUCCCCGUCCGACUUUGGAAUAUGCUCGCUUGUUGACGUCGACGACUUUCCCCCUCCACUUUUUAUCUCUCUCUUUUUUUUUUUCGGGAUUUACUGCCGCCGCUUUGGACUUAGUGGACCAGCACCGGGAGUUCCACGAACUGCUUUCCCACUGCGUCUGAAGUCGGGGCCAAUGUGUCAACGCAUGUCAGUCCCGUGACUGACAUGCACCCUUCAAGACCGCCAAAUCUGCUCGAUGGCUCGACCGAAGUAACGCCAGCAGAGGGGACCGGCGGAGACCCAGCAUCCUCAGCGCGAACAACACGUUCCUCGAAGCACACAGAGCGGAGCUGCGCGCCACAGCCGGGCGCCUCCACAGCCGGGGGAGGAGGAGGAGGAAAAGGAGGGGAGCCGGACUCGGACUCGCCGCCCUGCUCCGUGAGCCCGGCCAGUUUAGACGUUUUUCGGAGCAGGUCGAUAUUUCGCCCUCCCCGCCGCUCGUCCAGCGGAUACUUCUCCUUUGACUGCGACUCGCUGCCGAGCUCUCCCCUCUCUCCGCACCCAGUGACGGCUGACAAAGCCACGCAGACCCCCAGCCCCACCGGCCAGGUGAUGAACCACGCCCUGCAGCGAAUGGCUGUGGAGCACGGUGGACUCGGGCUGCACGGGCACUCUUCCAAUCACUAUAGCACUAUUAACGCGGCACGGGAUAUGCAGUCAGAAACCUUUGGUCGUCAACUCCGAGCUAUUGGAGAUGACUACAACAACCACCUGAUGGUAAGGAGGAUGGCGAGAAGACACCAACGGAACGUAGUCCCUCUAAACCUGAUGCCGCACAUCCAGCAAGAGCCCGUUGCCAUGCUUUGUGUCUGCCUUCUGCUCCUCCUGGUCGGACGAAUAAUGUACAUGCAAGGCAACACGAGCAGCCAUGACCACUCUCAGGUUUAGCCUUAGGAAAACCCAGCAGACGUAGCAUUCUUCUUGAGUAUGUUUUGAACAUAUAUCAAAUCUUGACGCUUUUAUACAUAUAUGAUUUAAUAUGCCUGUUCCUUCCCCCUUUGAACUCUUCUCUUUUAGGAAGGAACUCUAAAAUGUUUGAUUUUCCCUAAUGGCCUCCGAGUCUCCGUCAUUUUACCAAAGAGGCAAGAUUUGCACUCCUUUUCUUGAACAGAGACAGUCAUUUGACCUGAAAAAUAUGCCUGUGGAAAUUCAAACGUGCCUUGUACAGUUUGUUGUUUACUUUAUUAAGAUUGAUUUAAGUUGUUUUUUAUUUUUACUAUUGUACAGAGAUUAUGUGCUUCCUGAGCGAUCACAGUCUGUGACCCAGAUUUGUUUAGGUUUAUGGGUCUAAAAUUAUUUUCUAUUGCUUUCCGCCUGUCAUGCAUUCAAAAUAUAAGUGCAUUUACAUUGUCAUUUUUGUGUUCCCAAACUACGGUCAUUUUAAGGCUUUAUUUCCACAAAAUAUGUUGUUCUGUAAAAAACUGAUGUCAACAAAACUGCAUUUUUAUCCAGAAAGAAGAAAUAUAUUGUGAUUGUCGCAUAACGUUGACUUUAAACGCGAUGAAAAGGGUUUUGCUGGACAAGACUGACGGCUGUAAACCUUCUUAGAACUGUCAUGCUGUUCAAAUGAUUUGGCAAUAGGAUUACGAGAUGCAACAAUACGACGGCGUAUUGUAGACAGUAAAAUGAAGUAAAUUUCCGCCCAAAAGAUCUCAGAACGUUUAUGGAAAAAAACAUUUCUGACGUUGAAAAGUGAAAAGAAAAAUUGUACAGAAGUAAUCUAGAAACAUUUUGAGCUCAAUCACUGAAAACUUUGACAUUUCUGAGUUUCAGAAGUCACAAAUGUUCAAUUUCGGAGUUUUUUCUGAGUUUUCCCGAGCAAAUUUUUCAUUUUUUAAACUGUAAAAUUUUCUUGAUUUUGAAUUUCUGAGAUUAAUCUCAAAUAUUUCAGGUAUUUUCUGGCACGUUUUAAGUGUUUCAAAUUCAAAAACUAAUUUUAUUUUUCUAAAAAUUUUCUGAAACUGAUGUAAACAUUUCUUUUUUAGGCAAAAAUUCCCACCCUAUUUUUUCCCCCAUUGCUGAUUUUUUUCCCCAUCUGCAAUGGCCUUUAUAUGCCAUCGUACAGAAAUGAUAAUAAUAUUUUUUUUUAAAAAAAAAGAUCUUCCAGUUUCCCAUUUUUCUUGAAUUUGGUUUUACUUUCAACAUUGCAAAUAACAACUUUUACCCAGGCAUUUCAUGUCAGAAAUACCUUAAAGAGCAUUUCUGAUGUAGUUUCAGGACCAGAUGUUUAUUCAUUACUUCAUUCAAAAAUGGCAAUAAAAAACAAUUCUGUACUCAACAUUAAAACAAAACUUUUGCUCCGUUUGAACUCAAACCUACUGCUCAGUCAGCCACUGGUUAAAGCAAUAACUGCUACCUAACUAGCUCUAAAAGCAGAGUGACGUUGAUGAACAAAGUAACAAUUUAAAUCAAGUCAGUCAUUAAAACUAGUCAGUAGUGUCAUUUCUUGCUUUGCUGUUUAUUAAUCUAUAAACUUUUCCAUUGCUCUGCAAUAAGUGAUCAAAUUUUACGGUCUUCCAUCGUCUGGUUUUCUCGUUAGCAGCCAGGGUGAAAGUAACCAGCAGGUUUUGGUUUGUUGACAAUUUUCCGUUUAUUAGCACAGUGAUUCAGACUGAGCCAAGUCUGCUCAUGCCUGCCAGGUCAUUAAACACUCGGAGAGGUUUCUGGAUAGCAUCCAGCCGUGGCUAAAACAGUGAAGGGAUGGGUGGGGUUUUGUUUUGGAAUGAUUGGCUAUUAGUAACCAAACUAACAGAGAAAAUACAAUGGUGAAGAUGAAAGAAACAUUUAGAUUUGAAGCUGUGCACAUUAAAACUGUUCAACUGUUUAUAAAUUAAUAAACAAAGUUUUGCGUAUUGUUAUAAAAUGUUCUUUUGGUGGAAAAAUAAUUUUUCCCAUUGUGAUUUUUAGAAUCCCGUUUCGAAAGGCCCACAGCUGUUAACCAGCCCGGUCUGGACGUAUAGCAAAGUUUUAGAAACUCACAGCUUCAAAACUUUCCGCCAUGGACGGGUGUCCUGCUUGCCUUUUCUCCCCCAUCCAUCCUUUCUGUUCUUUUAUUUCCCACUUUCAUUAUUCUCCUCCCUGUUUUUGUUUACUUCCCACUUGUCGUACCUUUCAUCCUGCCUGCAUUUUCUUCGUUCCCUCUUUUGUUUGCCCCCGUCCAUUCUUCCAAUGUUUCCUUCUUUUUCUUUUUCUUUUCCUGUUCCGCAGAACUUUCACCGUAGCAAAUUAAUUGUCAAAUGUUAUGUUUGUGAAAAUUGGUCAUAGGUUCUUGAAGAACAUUUCUAAAUUGAAGACAUGAAAAAUGUGUAGAAACUGCACUUUUACGUCGAAACCAGGCCACAAAUCCAAACAGUCAUGCUGUGGAAGCUAUGAAUCGUGCACUGUUUUUAAAAUAUUUGUGUCAAUUAAUGUGACUUUUGUCGUAUUUGUGGUAAAGUAUCACACCACGAGACUCUCGUACCAGCUCAAGCCGAGAUGCUAACUAAUCAACAGGUGACGCCAACAGGCUAGCUUCACCAGUUUCACGUCCAGAUGAAAUAGUUUCCAGUACCUGCUGCUGCAUCUUCACAAAGUGACAAAUUUGAAAUAGUAAUGAAAUUGCAGCUUACAAAUUAAAAUCAGCAUGCUAGCUAAUUUCCCCUAGCAUCAUUAUAACAAUCUGUGUUACAUACUUUUUUAUGACAUAGUCUUCUGAAUGCAUAACGCUAAACAAAAGACCAGUCAGUAAUCAUAAACAGCUAUUAGCAUUGUUAAAUAUUAGUCCAAAUGAAUCUACGCUUCAUGUCUCAUAUAGUUUUGACAUCCAUGUAUCACACUAAUUUCCUUUGUUAUGUUGUAGAGACGCUUUCCUUUGCCAUGAAACUAUUCUGAUUAGUUAAAGCGACGUCGUUGAACUCCCCUCCCCUUUAAAAUGCACAAAGCUUGUUUUUCUUCCUCUUCACCAGUGUUUAGCUGCUUUGCUUCUCCUUCACUGUGACAGUGAGAGUGCUGUGACUGCAUGCUGAUUUCUGAUAUUGUGCCAUGUGAAACCUACAACCUCAUUUUGAAAUACUGUGUUACGACCGGCGUGCGAGAGGCGAGCUUUUCAGGGAGGAAACCGAGAGACGAUUUACUGCUUUCUGAAACUGAUAUGGAAACCUUGUAAUGAGCAUAUUGUUCGCAGGUCUUCUGAAGGUGUUCGAGCACAGAAACACUUGUAUGCGUGUGUGCGCGCGUGUGUUUAUGACACAUUCAGGGUUUUAAUGACUUGCAUCAAGCACUGCUGGAAUGACUGUGUCAAAUUGUAUCGCCCAUUUUGGUUUAUUUGACUUUUGGACCAUGUGAAAGCCACAACCUUUAGCAGAUAGAUAAUUGUUGCUUGCUGUAAUGCAGGGGGAUGACCUGUUAUUUCAUUGGAAACGUUAGACUAAAGUCUAAACGCAGGAAACUUGUGGGACCCAGAGACACUGCGGUGCGCUGUGCUUUCGCUGAAAAUGUUGUAAAUGCUUCUAUUGAACUUUAGAUGUACAGGAGCCAAAACAAAAAAAAAAAAAAAAAAAAGAAAUAAAACAAGAAUGACUCCUGAUGACCCAGUACAAGUGUAGCAACCAGUACGUUUUGUUUAUAUUGUAAACUAUAAUAAAAAUUCAAUUGCUUCCAAUUUCUGUCCUGGAAACAAUGCUUUUACAACUUUGUACAUUAAAAGAAAUGAAUCAUGUUG